CCCUCCCAGCCCUCCCUCCUUUCCUCUCUGCCAGGCUCUCCUUUGCACUGCGGAGGCCCUCGGGGGUCGAAGGUGCUGCCCUCCCUGCCAGCUCGGGCCAAGCCUUCGCCUCCUCCUCCUUCUCCGGCGCCCAGGCAGCUGCUGCUCCUCGGCGCGGCUUCACCUCCGCCUCCCGCUGCCCCCCAUGGAUGGGCUCCUUCCUCGGCACUGAAGGCAUCCCCGGGAAGACCCCGCCGCAGCCAGGAUUCGCCUCCCCCCAAUAUUGUGGUUGUUAUCCUUGCCAAAAGAAGAAGGAGCGAAGACGUCUGCAGAGUUCAUGAGGACAUCUCUAAGUUACAACGUUGGCUGAAACACAAUGCCCACCUCCGUCCUUUGCUCUGGAAAGUUGGUUGAUCCAAUUCCAUAUGACACCCCGAAACCAGCAGGCCACACACGGUUUGUCUGCAUCUCGGACACACACUCCAGGACAGAUGGAAUCCAGAUGCCUUACGGAGACAUCUUGCUUCAUACAGGCGAUUUCACUGAGUUGGGCCUGCCUUCUGAGGUUAAGAAGUUUAAUGACUGGUUAGGAAACUUGCCAUACGAAUAUAAAAUAGUGAUUGCUGGGAAUCAUGAACUGACAUUUGAUAAAGAAUUCAUGGCAGACCUUGUCAAACAGGAUUACUACCGCUUUCCUUCUGUCUCCAAAUUGAAACCAGAGGACUUUGACAAUGUUCAAUCACUUCUGACAAACAGUAUUUACUUACAAGAUUCUGAGGUAACAGUCAAAGGAUUCCGAAUAUAUGGCGCCCCUUGGACACCAUGGUUUAAUGGAUGGGGCUUUAACUUACCCAGAGGUCAAUCUUUAUUGGACAAAUGGAAUCUUAUUCCUGAAGGCAUUGACAUUUUAAUGACACAUGGACCUCCUCUUGGUUUUCGAGACUGGGUUCCAAAAGAACUGCAAAGAGUUGGCUGCGUGGAACUGUUAAACACAGUACAAAGGCGAGUAAGACCAAAACUCCAUGUCUUUGGUGGAAUCCAUGAAGGUUAUGGCAUUAUGACAGACGGUUACACAACAUACAUUAAUGCCUCAACAUGUACAGUCAGCUUUCAACCAACCAACCCACCAAUUAUAUUUGACCUUCCAACCCCGCAAGGAUCAUGAGGCACUGCUGCAUUGGGAGGUCUAUAAACUGCCAUUUUUCUAAUUAAAAAAAUACGUUCUCCUAACAUGUUUCUUUACAAACGAUGUGGGUUUUUUUGUAAAUUGUUGGUACAAAAGAAAAAAAAUAGAGGUUGUGCUUUGGGGGGCGGGUGGGGUGGGAUGCAUCCAUUUAAAUUUUAAAACAAAACAUUGUGAAUUUGUAAAAUGAAGUUUUAUGUUUUAUUAUCUUGCCAUUGUAAAUUGUUAGUGUUCUCAAAGGACAGCCAAGCUUUCUUUUAAUGAGUGAGACACCUUAUUUUAAUAUUAUUAAAUAAAAAUUUAAAAGGCAGUGUUUAGAAAAAAAAACACACCCAAAUUUGCACAACUGUUAUUGUUUGAAUUUUUUUUUAAAAAAAAGUAUUUCAAAUGAUAAAAUGCUACACUCUCCUCUUCUUUCAUUUUAAAUAUGACAAGACAAAUAAACUCCAUGACCUAGCAUUUUGUGUGUUCCUGCACAUGUGUGGGCCACAAUCCAGCACAGAAUGAGAUAUGUAUAAACCUGAUGGAAGAGAUGGGAUGUAACUGUAGAGCUCUAAAAGAGGAUGUGGAAUGGCCAUUCGUUUUGAUAGAUUGUGGUCUAUAUUUGAGUAUAUAUGCGCUCCCUCUGUUGAGAAGAAUGGAGAAUUCCUUCUUACGUACAUCCAUUGGAGCUCCUAUCCCCACUGCCAAUUGUUAGGUCAAGGGUUAAUCAAUUUGUCCACUAAUAUAUAUGCAUUGCAUACAGUAUACUGCUAGCAGUAAUGUAUCACUGAAGGGGGGAAACAGCCUUCUAGAUUUAGUUUGUCUCUGCCUGCUUUAAUGACCAAUUAGAUAGUGGCAUCUUGUAUGCAAUUAUCUAAAUCGUCAAUGUUUGGGUGAAUUUCUUAAAUUAUUUUAGCUUUAAAAAAUACGGGGAUGAAAGCUGCAAUGAGCAGGUGUUCCAUGCAGUAAAAACAUGUAAAUGUGGACUCCUUUUAAAUAUGGAUUUAUAUAUAUAUAUAUAUAUUGUGCAUUAUAACGAAGUGAGACAUUUAAUGUUGCCAGUGUAGCAUCUGCAAGAUUAUGCUGUACAGCACGUCUAAAUUAUGACGAAUGUGACAUGUUUCUUGUCCAAGUGCUCAAGGCCUUCAAGAGCUUGAGUUUAAAAUUUUUGUGCAGUUUCAAGCAUGUAUAGAAUCAAACGAAUACAAUCAAGCCUAACUAAAAUAAGGCUUUGUUGUCCUUUAUAUUUAAAAUAUUAUUGAAUUGUCUUUCCAUUUCUUUCCCCUCCUUUUUUUUGCACUGUGUGUAAAUGCAAUCUUGCUAGCACAAAAUAUUGUUGCAAAUAGAUAUUUCUGUUCUACCAGUGUAAAUGCUAUUGAGCUUUAUUCUGUUUUAUGUUAUCUUCAUGGACUUUAGGAAAGCAGCUGUUUCUUUAAAUUUAUUGCGAUAUUAUAUAUCUAGCGGCCUUUAUAUGCAAAUAAAAUUGCAAGAUUUUUAAA